UUGAACCUAACCUUAAACAAUAACAAUUUAUUGACAGGAGAUCUCAUCCUGCAAUUAGAUUUAAUUCUAUCUAUAGGCACCUUCCUUUCACUAUGGCAACUUUAAGGUUAUGCAUACCAAGAAUACAAAAUGAACUGUUCAGGAGGAUGGCUUCCACCGAGGCUCAUAAAGUGGUUGUCACUAAUGAUGAAAGUACAUUUGUAGCUUGGCAUCCAAAACAGGAUUUUCCAUAUGAAUGCACGAAACCAUUACCAGAGGUUGAAUGCAAGGAUGAUGAAAAUUCAGUACUGAAAAUGCAAUUCACACCAGAAUUGUAUAGCAUACUAAAUAAAAAGAAGCCUGAGGAAGCAAGGCUGGAAUUGAUGAAUAUUACUCACACCACUAAGCACAGAUGGUUCCCAAGGGCUAGAGAUCGUAAGGCAAAGAAAACUCCAAUGGACAGACCAUAUUUGUAAAUGUUAGAGAAACCAUUCUUUUUUUUUAUUAGAAGAAAUUAAAUAGUAUUGUGAAACUUCA